CCGGGGGCAGGGAGGGACGUUUGCUAUGUUUUGACGGACUUAAACCGCGAGAGGGGAGGGCGAAGGGUUUCAGUAAUCGGGUUGUGAUUGUUCACCAGAUCUGUUUGCGCCUGGACCAGGGUACCUGUUGCGGUUGAGUGACCCCCGAACCCACCAGUUUCCUCCUCGCCACUCCUAAGUCGGUUAGUGUGUCUCGGGAGUGGACCCGUGUCCGCGGCGGACACUUCGGGAAACCCCGGGGGUCGGGGGCAGAGCCCCUUCAUUCUCGACCCGGGGGACGGACAUCUUAUCCAUCACCGUCACUGUGACCUGCUACCAUGGUGUCUCGACGGGUCCCCCUCAUCUUCCAUCUGCCUGCGUUCCUCUGGUAUAUUUUCGUCCUUCACCAGGACACGCUACUGACAAGCGGAGGCCGCCUCCUCGGUGCCGGCACUUACGGAGGCCGCUGGAAGUACCUGACCUUCAUCAACAUGGUCCUGCAGACUACAUUUUUUGGAGUGUGUGUCCUCACAGACCUAGUGUGGCGCCUUUCUCAGGCUGAUAAACGUAUGCAGCGAUUGUUGUUGAGGAUGAAUGCUCUCCAGGACUGGCUGUUCUCAGCUCUAGCCCUUCCCAUUGGCUUUUUUGUCGUUGUGAGUUUCUGGAUUCUUUAUGCCUAUGACCGGGAACUUGUUUACCCAGAGCAACUUGACAAAAUCAUCCCAACCUGGCUGAAUCAUGCAAUGCACACAGUGGUCUUGGUGCUGCUCAUGUUGGAGCUGUUUGUGGUGCAACAUCGCUGGCCCAAUCGCAAAGGAUGUCUGGUUGUUCUUGUCACCUUCUGCAGUUCCUAUUUGCUCUGGGUACUUUGGAUUCGGCACAGGUCGUCUAUUUGGGUCUACCCCAUUCUGGAGGCGCUCAGUCCCAUUGGCCUGUGUAUCUUCCUGACAGCAGCUGUCCUUGUAACUGUCUGUUUGUAUGUUGUUGGUGAGAAACUGCAUCGCUGGAAAUGGGGUCUCCCGGAUCAGUGUGGGAAGAAAUCUUGCUACUUUGAUCGAGAUCCGUCACAAGAGUGCAGGUUGAACUCGGCCGGCAAGGCUGCAAGUGAGAAACACAGCAAUCCUGACAUUCCUCACUCUGCAUCUCCAUCCACUGCACCAACUGUCUCGGAGUCCUGUGGGAAUCCCACCCCAUUCCCAGACCCUUUCCAGCAGAAGCUUCUAGAUCUUCAAAAGGAGGGGUUUGAACAUUUGGCAGUAAAGCUGGACCAGAUGAUUGACCUAAUGGGAAAUAUUGCCCAGAGUUUGAGCGCACUGCCUCUCAUCCAGGCCGAGCCAUCUGUUCCUGUGAUUCACUGUCCGUCUCCCGCUACAGUUAGUCACAGAGCAAAGCCAUCCACUCCUGAACAGAGUGAGUCAACCAUUGACCCCUCUGGGGACCCUGAGCUGGACACCGACACUCAAAAAGAGAUUGACUAUCAAAAACCUGUUCGCCUCCCCUUAAAAAGUCAGCUGCCCAGUCUCCGAAGGACAAUGAAACCUACCUCCUCAGUGAGUUCAGGAGUAAAUGCAGUAUCAAGUGUGGAACUGAAACAGGCAGGACAGGGAUCUUCCAGCUUGAUUCCCAAUCUGUGAUGUCUCACUGAAAGAAAGUGUGGAAUCCAUGAGAAAAUCAAAGUGAGGUGGUGGCUAUUUGGAUUUGAAUACCAUGAUGGCUGGUGGAAAAAUUGUGACAUCAUAAUUUUGAGCCCAUGAUCACUUAAUGUAAGGAUCACCAACAGUAGCUGUGUUCACAGUGAAAUAUCCUUUCUUUCUCAGAUAUAUAUACUUCUGGUUAAUCUCCGAUAAGAUGGAAUUCCAAGAGAAGUACCUAUUAAAUUUAUGUGCAUUGUUAUUAAGUGUGCCCCACCCCACCCCAAUCAAAGCACCAUUAUCAGACACAUGAUAAUGCAGCUGGUGACAUAAUCAGUAACUGGCAGCAUUAAGCCUCUGUCAGGCCUCAGCCUCUGCUUGCCUGGUGAUUCUCUGUUGAGCUGCAGUCUCUGUAGAAGCCUUGCAGUUUUCUACUGAGCUUAUGUGAUAACGUUAAUCAAAUUUCUAGACCCAUUAAUUGGCAGCAGUCAUGCCUUAUACACGAUCGAGUAAAGAACACAUCUCAGCUCUGGAGAAUGUGUGCAUUCUGCUCACACAAGGGCUAUUCCAGCUGAGAUACAGCCUGUUCUAUUCCGAACUCUAAGCUAUUCAUACCUAAACUCACUGAGGACCUGGUGAUUGGAAAAAGAAAAACCAGAAUUACUCUUUUGUUUAAAAAUCCAAAACUCACUCCUAUCCUGGGGACACGAUUAAGAGGUCAUUUGGCACCUUGAUCAUUGGUUGAUUUAAUAAUGACCUUACCUUUCCUGUUUGAGGCCCAAGAUGCUUUACUGCAUUGUGGUCAAAAGUCUGUGUACCUUAGUUUUGAAUAUUUUCAGUGACUCAGCCACUACUGCUCUGUUGGGGGAGAAACAACCCUCGGAGAAGAAAAACCCCUUAAAUAGAAGACUUAUUCUCAAACUGCAUCCCUAGUUCUAGAAUCCUCUUAGCAUCCCUCCUGUCAAGCCUCUUUUUCUUAAAAAUAGCACAUUUCAUUCUUCUAAUCUCCAGUGAGUUUCGGCCAACCUUCGUACUUCGAGAUGAUGGUAUAGUGGUAAUGUUACUGGAUAAUUGGAGGCCCAGGCUGCUCUCGGCACGUGGGAGCUGGUGGAAUUGAAAGUUAGGCUCUGUAAUGGUGACUGUGACAACUAUCAUUUAUUGUUGUAAAAACUAAUUAGGUUCGCUGCUGUCCUUUUUGGUAAGGAAAUCUGCUGUCCUUACCUGGCCUGGGCUACAUGUGUUGCCUGACCCACAGCAAUGUAGUUGACUUUUAACUGACCUCUGAAAUGGACCUAGCAAAUCGCACAGUUCAAAGGCCGCUAGAUGUGGGAACAAAUACUGACCUUGUUGACAAUGCUCACAUUGCAUGAAAGAUUCAAGAAAAUAAACUUUUUCAUCUCAGGAUUUCAUGAAGCAAGACUUCUUUGAACUGCCUUCAUACCAAGUUUAUCCUUUAAACAGGAAGCCAAAACUGUACACAGUAUUCCAGGUGUGAUCUAAUCAAUAACGUGUGCAGUUGGACCAAGACUUCCUGACUUUUAUCUUCCGUUUCCCUUGCAAACAAAGGCCAGGAUUUCAGUUGCCUUUGUCGUUACUUCCCUUGCCAGCCUACUAGCCUCCAGUGUUUCAUGUGCAAAGACACCCAAGCCCUCUGUACUGCAGCAUUUUGAAUUCUUCCUGACAAAUCGGACAGCCUCAUAUUUUCACACAUUCCAUCUGCCAAAUUUUGCCUGCACACUUAACCAUUCUGUGUUCCGUUGUAGACUCUUCGUAUCGUCUUCACAGUUUGCUUUACUACCCAUCUUUGUAACAUCAGCAAAUUUGGCUACAAAUCAUUAAUAUAGAUCGUAAAUGUUAAAGACUAGUACAGGUACAUGCAGCAGUACACUAGUUUGCCAAUCUGAUACUGAUCCAUUUUUUCCAGCUCUCUGUUUCCUGUUAGUUGUCUAGUCCUCUAUCCGAGCUCCAGUCCAAUAUCAUGAACUCUUAUCCUGUGCAGUGAUUUUUUUUUCUUUUUGUGGGACCUUAUUGAAAGUCUUUUGAAAAUGAAAAUGCACUACAUCUCCUGGUUCUGCUUUGUCUCCCUGCUUAUUGUAUCCUCAAAUAAUAUUAAUAAAUUUGUCAAACAUGAUUACCCUUUUCACAA